AUGGGUUUUGCAAAGAUCCUACGCGGGAUCGUGCGUAAUGAUGCGAUGCGCACUGAUCCCGACCAAAUUUACAAUGCCAAAGUCUUAGCUCUGGUCUGCUCUGCCUGCUUUGGUGGCAUGCUCUUUGGUUGGGAUACCGGUGCCAUCGGCGGCGUUCUGACCAUGGACGAGACACGCGAAAGGUUUGGAUACCUGCAUAGAUCAAAAACCGACAAGUCCAACUUGGACCAAAAUAUCGUUUCAACGCUGCAGGCUGGUUGCUUUGCAGCUUGUCUUGUGACGUCCUGGUUCGCCGAUAGAUUUGGUCGUCGCUGGAGUCUCAUUGGAGCUGGUGUCAUCACCGUCAUUGGAGUCGUCUUCCAGGCUGCAUCUGCCAUAGAUGGCACCUUGGCAGUUAUGUACGUCGGAAGGUUCAUCGCAGGGCUCGGUGUUGGUGCUGCGUCGACCUUGACCCCGCUCUAUGUAUCGGAAUGUGUUCCUCGAGCAAUUCGUGGUGGGUUGACUGCCUUUUACCAACUCUUCAUCGUCCUCGGCAUCAUGAUUGCCUUCUGGGUCAACUAUGGCUGCCUGCUGCAUGUGUCGGCACCAGCAGUCUUCAUUGUCCCCUUGGCCCUGCAAGCCCUACCCGCAUUUUUUCUGAUUACCGGCAUGCUUAUUUCUCCAGAGAGCCCUCGAUGGACAGCUCGAAAAGACAAAUGGGAAGAGACUUCCCAAAUUUUGGUCCGACUGCGAGGACUUCCCGCCGACUCGGAAUACGUCUCUGGGGAAAUUCAAGAAAUGGUAGAUCAACUCGAGAAUGAGCGCCGUGUGAUGGGCGAUUCCAGUUUUAAGAGUUUGAUGAAAGAGAUGUGGCUCGUCCCUGCCAACCGACGGCGCGCCGUGAUCUCCAUUGUCCUUAUGAUAUGCCAGCAGCUCACCGGUGUGAAUGCCAUUAAUUAUUACGCCCCUCAAAUUUUCACGAACCUUGGAAUGAAUGGGACGGAUUCGUCACUUUUUGCAACGGGGGUCUACGGCAUCGUGAAGACUGUAGCCGUUUGUUUAUUCCUACUCUUCAUUGCGGACUCAUUGGGCCGACGGAAGAGCUUGUUGUGGACCAGCCCAAUGCUGGUCAUCGUGCUGUUCAUCAUUGGUAUCUAUGGGCGCGUGCAGCCUCCUGUUACCGGAGAGCCCGUCACUGCGUUUGGAUAUGUUGCUAUGGCGUGCAUUUACCUCUGGGCAGCACACAGCAUCUUUCAGUUUGGCUGGGGGCCGGCUUGCUGGAUCCUGGUUAGCGAGAUCCCUACUGCGAGAUUACGUGCCGCGAACGUCGCCAUUGGUGCUGGUACCCAAUGGCUCUUCAACUUUAUCAUGGCUCGAACCGUCCUUACCAUGCAAAACACCAUGGGCUACAAGGGUUAUGGUAUGUUUUUCAUGUUUGGUAGUUUUGAUAUUCUCAUGGGGCUGUUUGUGUUCUUCUUCGUUCCCGAGACUAAAGGUCUCAGCCUGGAGAAAAUGGAUGAGCUCUUUGGCAUGAAUGAAACCGCGAAGAAGCUAGAUGCAGAGCCGGAAACCGGACGACCUGUUAGCGUGCACGAAGAUCGAGUCACAAAGACAUAG